AUGGCACUACGCGCCGGGAGGACUUGGUUUGGGCAGGUUUUGCGCAGAGUGUCUCGGCUGCAGGGCUCGUGGUCCCGGCGAUCGAGCAGUAUCCUGUGUCUCUCUGCGAACCCGGAGCAGCAUCUGGGGACCUGUUACAGGGAUCACACACAUAGCAGUCUCCACUACUGCUCCUCCAUCCAGCGCACCCACCGUCACCAACACGCGCCAGUCUGUCCCUCCUCUUCCAGCCGCUGCCAACGCUUUCCCGAUUGCUGCGCAGCCUUCCCGGGGGAUACGAGGGGACAUGAGCCCCUCACUCGCCGGUUCCUGGUGGUCAUGAAGCGGCAGAACGUGCGGACCUUGUCCCUGAUCAUCUGCACGUUCACGUACCUGCUGGUCGGGGCCGCGGUGUUCGAUGCCCUGGAGUCAGAUUUCGAAAUGCGGGAGAAAGAACAGCUGGAGGCAGAGGAGAAGCGUCUCCAAGGGAAAUAUAACAUUAGCGAGGAUGACUACCGCAAACUGGAGACCAUCAUUAUGGAGGCCGAGCCCCACAGGGCUGGGGUUCAGUGGAAAUUUGCGGGAUCUUUUUACUUUGCUAUCACAGUCAUCACCACCAUAGGUUAUGACCAUGCCGCUGUUAUGGCCAUGCCGCUGUACCAUUACAUCCUGGUUAUGGCCAUGCCGCUGUACCAUUACAUCCUGGUGACUGUGGUCUGUUGUCUCCCUGCAGGUUAUGGCCAUGCAGCUCCCGGCACAGACGCGGGGAAGGCUUUCUGCAUGUUCUAUGCCGUCCUGGGGAUACCCCUGACCCUGGUCAUGUUCCAGAGCCUGGGCGAGAGGAUGAACACCUUUGUCAAGUCCCUCCUGAAGCGCAUCAAGAAGUGCUGUGGCAUGCACAUCACCGAUGUUUCCAUGGAGAACAUGGUGACGGUGGGGUUCUUCUCCUGCAUCGGGACGCUGUGCAUCGGGGCGGCUGCCUUCUCCCACUACGAGGACUGGAGCUUCUUCCAGAGCUACUACUACUGCUUCAUCACACUGACUACAAUCGGCUUCGGGGACUUUGUGGCCUUGCAGAAGAACCGGGCCCUUCAGCGGAGGCCCCUGUACGUGGCCUUCAGCUUCAUGUAUAUCCUGGUGGGCCUGACUGUCAUAGGAGCCUUCCUCAACCUGGUGGUGCUGAGGUUCCUGACCAUGAACAGUGAGGACGAGAGGCGGGACGCCGAGGAGAGGGCCUCGCUGGCGGGGAACAGAAACAGCAUGAUCAUCCACAUCCAGGAGGAGACGCUGGGGAGAGGAGGAGGUGCCAGGAGGAGGCGCAGGGAAACGCAGGGCCAGUACUGCGCCGAGUACUUUCACUCGGUGUCGUACCGCAUCGAGGAGAUCUCUCCCAGCACCCUAAAGAACAGCUUCUUCCCCUCGCCCAUCAGCUCAGUCUUCCCAGGCCUCCACAGCUUCACAGACAAUCACCGACUCAUGAAGAGAAGGAAAUCUAUCUGA